CCUUGAUGGGUACAUUACCUCACUGAAGUUUUAUUUACCGACAAACAAAAUAACAUAAAUUCAAAAUAAAAAGUGAAGAAGGAUUAUUAAGCUUUCAAAUUAAUCACAUCUUAUCUACAAGAUGGCAUCGCUGUAUGUUUUGUAUGAACAUGCAUCAGGUUAUGCUUUGUUCAAGGUAAAAGAAUUUGAAGAAGUUGAAAUGCUGCUUCCUCAAGUGGAACAAUCAUUAUCGGAAGUUUCCAAAUUUAAAUCUAUUGUAAACCUCGCUGGAUUUUCUCCAUUCAAAACUGCAAUAUCAGCGCUCGAGAAUGUUAAUGCUAUUUCCGAAGGAAUAUUACCAGAAGAGUUAUCUGCAUUCAUUGAUAGUACACUUCCUAAAGUAUCGAAGAAAAGCAAAUUAACACUCGGUGUUGCGGAUUCAAAACUUGGAGCGGCGAUCGCAGAAACUUUAAACAUCCAAUGCUCGCAUAUUGGACCCGUCCCUGAGAUAAUCAGAGGUGUUCGUAUGCAUUUCCCUAAUCUUGUGAAAGGAUUCACAAUGAAAAGUGCUGGCAUCGCUCAACUUGGCUUAGGUCACUCCUAUUCAAGAGCUAAAGUAAAGUUCAACGUUCACAGAUCAGACAACAUGAUAAUUCAAUCGAUUGCACUUCUCGAUCAACUCGAUAAAGACAUCAACACAUUUUCUAUGCGUAUUCGUGAGUGGUAUUCUUAUCACUUCCCAGAAUUGGUCAAAAUUGUUCCUGACAAUUACAUGUACGCAAAAGUCGCUCAUCACAUCAAAGACCGCAAAAGUCUUUCCGAUGACAGCAUUCCGGAAUUGGAGGAGAUUCUAAUGGAUUCAAGCAAAGCAGCAGCAAUUGUAAAUGCUUCAAAAAUGUCAAUGGGAAUGGACAUAUCCGAAAUCGACUUAAUGAACAUUGAAAUGUUUGCAAAACGUGUCGUUAAGUUGUCGGAAUAUCGAAAGCAGUUGUCAGAAUAUCUUCAUUCAAAAAUGAAUAGCGUGGCUCCGAAUUUGCAAUCUUUGAUAGGUGAUCAAGUUGGAGCUCGUUUAAUCUCUAAAGCUGGUAGUUUAACGAACUUGGCGAAAUAUCCCGCAUCAACAGUUCAAAUUCUAGGUGCUGAAAAGGCACUUUUUAGAGCAUUAAAGACACGAAGCAACACACCAAAAUAUGGUUUACUCUUCCACUCAUCAUUCAUUGCAAGAGCAGGAGCUAAAAAUAAGGGACGCAUUUCGAGAUUCUUAGCUAAUAAAUGCUCGGUUGCUUCAAGGAUUGAUUGCUUUGCUGAAACUCCUUCGAAUGUCUUUGGUGACUUCUUGAAGAAGCAAGUUGAAGAUCGAUUGAAAUUUUAUGAAUCUGGAGAGGCACCACGAAAGAACAUUGACGUAAUGAAGGAAGCCAUUGAAGUUGCAAAUUCACAGCAACAGGAACAGGGAGAAAAGAAAAAGAAGAAGAAAAAUAAGAAACGAAAGGCAGAAGACGAUCAGGAAGAUGCAAAUGGAGCUGAAAUGGAUGAGUCAGUCGAGAAUAGCAAGCCGAAAAAGAAAAAGGAUAAAAAAUCGAAACAGAAUGGUGAUGCUGAUGAAACUUUAGAGACAUCGCAGAUGGAUGUUUCUAACAGCAAUGAAAAUGGAAAUGCUGAAGGUAAAAAGAAGAAAAAAACGAAGAAUCAAACUUCUGACGAAUGAGAAUAAUUUUUCUAUUUUCCUCUUACAUAAUUAGACUUCCCUUAAGUUUUGACAUUUUAAAAGAAGCGAAAAAGAAAUAAAUAAAAUAUUUUCAAAUAUUUGCAAACUUU